AUGUCAAGUACAGCGCGGUCAUCCGUAUCCAUGAGGAACGGAUAUUCCACGCAUUCUUUUCUAUUUGCUUUUCAUGUCAAGGACCUUGUUUUUGAUCGUUUUAUCACGAAUAACAUAAAAUCUGAUUACCUACGCCUAAUAUGGACGCUAUCAAAUCGUGGUAAUGAGACAGACCCUUGGUCUCCAACCGAAGAUGAUGAGACCGACCAAGGUUCUACAUACUCUUCUCCACCUUUUCAAGUAUCUGGUAGCAGUGCUACUGAUGUGGAUACGGCCUUUUCUUUAUUGCGAUGCCGUCGUGUGAGCGGGCAGAAGUUGACCGUUAAAGGCGGUGCCUUAACCAUACGUAUAGCUUUGGAUAGUGAUACCAAGAGAUGCCUAGCGUCAUCCAGUUUGAAUUUCAGAGCGUUAAAUGUCGCAUCAGCUAUCAAUACAACACGUAUUAAUUUCAGCGAUCGACGUGGUUUAGAUGUAGGCUAUUUGGAACUAAUGUACGUGUCACAACAGCGUUGGGUCAAGGUGAAUAAAAGGAAAUUAUCUUUUCUGAAUGCAGAACGGUCCACUGGUGUGAAUUCUGUUGUUGCUACUUCGUUGCAAUAUGCAACGUCCGCUCUUGAUGGUAAAGAAGAAACCACUCCUCAAGACCAAGGUAGUGGGAUGGGACACCAGUUCACACCUCGACUUGAUGAUUUUGUGAUGCUAUUCUGGAACUCCACGAACACAUGUUUCGUCAAGCAACAUCCAGAUGAUUAUCAGCUACAAUUGAUGCUAAACUUUGUCAGGGCGCCUAUGUGCCGCACUACUACAACGGAUUCAUGUAUCAAUACCACCAGGUCAUUUGAAGUGGACUCUAAUAUGGGCCGUUCUCGCACAUUAUCACAUUAUACGGAGUCUUUCCAUUCAGGAUCUAGGCAUGGCAACAGUUCUGAAGUUUUGAGUUUUCCAAACCUGCGACGUGCCCUUGCUGAUAACUCAGGAUUCACACCUACAUCUGAGUUCACAUCAGAAUUUGGUGACUAUAGCGAGGAUUACACGCAUCGGUCUGGUUUCUCGUUAUCACAAGAACCUGGAUCUGUAAGGCUGUAUGACUACCUCUCUGAGCAAAAUCGCAUUAUUCAGUCUCAUUUGGCACGACAGUUUACUGUUGAUUCCAUGACUAGUUCUUCCUGGACCCAGAUAUCAGGGGAUUUAUCGGUUACUGCUGCUGCUACGCCACAUUGCGACAGUACAUUCAUUCCUACUGUGGCUAAGAGCGUUCCUCUCGAGUUACCUCAGAGUGCGAGCAAAAAGCAGGCUAUAUCGGGGUACACCCCGCCAAACAUUCCUAUGGGACACAGUAUGACUGACCGUAUGGUCACUCGCAAUGUUGAGGUCUCGGCUUCUACAGAUAUGGUUGGACUUGAAAAGGAUGCUGGCUUCUAUAGUGUGGGUGAUUCUCGCGACAGCUGUGCAAAGAUCGUACCUCAGGAGUCGCUGGACGAAAAGAGCUGUGCGGGCACAAUGCGUUACGGCGACGAAGUAGUUGACGCUACUCUGGAAUGCUUAUUGCCAGAGUCCCAGUUGGUUAAGAAAAGUGUGCUUUGCAUGAAUAGCUCGUUAUCAACCGUUGAUGAGAUGACUAUUUGUCACUCUGGCAACAUGCCACAAUCGUUCAAUUCCUUUGAUUGGUACAAGCAGGAAGAUGUGGAUAUGUUGAACCAUGAUAGCCUUCCGUUAGAAAACGAGAGGAGUCAUGAUCGUAGUCACAAAUGUGAGUCCUUACAUGAGACGGAAUCUCAUCUCGAUAUCGUUGAGGACAUGAAUUGCAGCGUGGUUAUUGAAACUGAUACUCCUACUGCGAUCUCUGAUGACACUAUCGAUUUGGAUCGUUUCUAUGUUGAAGAAUAUGACUUCAUUGGCGCUACGGGUAGCAUGGGUUCAGGAUGCAGUUCUACUAUAAAUAAUUUCUAUACCGACGAUGUGGAUGCCGGCAAAAGAUGUAUUCCACCCUCACCAAUAAGUUCGACUCACAAGGGCACCAAAGAGAAUUUGGUAUCGGCUGUGUAUAACGCCAUAACCGCUGAUAUUACCAGCUUAUCGGUAACUGAUCUUGGAGUGGACCAUGUGGAGUGUACUCUAGAUUUGAUGAGUGAGGCUUUGCACGAUGCUCGUGCUUUACAGGUACAACAGGAACGUUUGUCUAACGAUUUAUUGAUGAACUUCUUCUUACAACUGCUGCGUUGCUACAGCAAGAAAGGUGUACCUCAGGUGAUGUUGAUGGAGGAAGUUAUCCAGCGUCAUUUUGCUGCUGCUGAGCUGCUACACUUUCUACCUACUGACUACAAUCCCACGGUUAUUCGAGUAUCUCUAGACAUCCUUGUUCGUCAGCUUGGAAUGUCUCUGCCACCUGGUCGUCCUAGUGAAACACAACAGUUGGGUACUGACUACGUCGCACCGCAAACAGCUGUUCCACUUUGGGGUGAUACAGUUCGUGACGACGUCGUGGACCGACAGACAGUUGACUUUUUCGUCCCAUUAUCAGAAUGUGAUACUUAUUCUGAGGCUAGCGAGGUGGACGCCUGUUUCCCUCCAGCGCAGGAUGACACCCGUCGUCAGUUGGCAUUGCGUCAACUACAGGUGUUACAGGAUGAGAUGCGUGUCGCUUUGAAUGCCGUCGACCCACGCAAACUGGUAUACAUUUCAAGAUUAAACUCGAAACCUAUGAAACAACGUGGGUGCGGUCUCACUCUGCUUGCCAUAAAGUUGGCACUUUACGGGGUGUUAUGUGGCCGUCGUAAAAUUGCAACAGAGAACAGACAGACGGUGGUGGUGUAA